GCGUAGUUGUACGUGCGACGACCGCGGUGACGAGGACGACGAAAAAAAAGCUGGAUCCGGGAGCCGGGUGAAAGGGUCCCCAGCAGGAGGACAUCGGGCUUCGGUUGUGCGUCCAGCGCCGUCGUCUUGCCAGCCAUGCAGCCGCCACCGAGAAAAGGGAAUUACGCGAAAUUCCUGAAGAACGUGCACUCGGAGCAGGCGGCUAAGCUGCUCCUGAAGAAUCAGCACGAGUGCGACAUUCUCGAAGACAUCCGUACAUUCCUGGUCAAAAGGUCGGCGAUCGAAAAGUCGUACGCAGAUGCGCUGUUGAAAAUCUCGUCGGCGUACUUGAACAAGAAGAUUCUCAACAUUCCCGACCUCAAGGUCGACAACGUCGAAAGAUGGAACAUGUGGAACGUUUGGAGGACGGUUCUCGAGGAGAACGAAAAGAUAGCGAACGCACGGCUCGCGGCUGUCGAAGUUUUCCAGACGAGAAUAGCCGACGAAAUCAAGGUCCUCAAAAUGCAUAAGGUUCAGAUCGCGAAAAAGGCAGUCGACCAACUGAUGACAGUACAAAAGGAGCUGCAGACGUGCGUACAGGACGUCGAUAAGACGAAGAAGCUGUACUUUGACGAGGAGCACAGCGCCCACGACGUGCGCGACAAGGCAAAGGACAUUGAAGAAAAGUACGUGCAUGCGCGCGUCCUCCUCCCUUUCUUAUCUGCCCCCUCGCCCUAUACUAUAUAUCUCUCCAAUUACAGAUUGAAAAAGAAGAAAGGCUCUUUCUUCCAAUCGAUAACGUCCUUGCAAAAGAACAGCGCAAAGGUGAGCUCGAAACGAGAUCAACUGGAGGAAAAGUCGACGGGAGCGCGCAACGAUUACUUGCUCGCGUUAGCCGCAGCCAAUGCUCAUCAGAUCCGAUAUUUUUCCAUAGAUCUGCAAACAGCGAUGCAAACCAUGGAGCAAGGGGUUUUCGACAAGAUAGCCGACUACCUAUCGAUCAUGGCACGGACGGAACUGUUGACCUGCGCGGCCAUCAAUAACAGCUUCACGACGGUCAACAACCAAGUCUCACAGCUAACGAGGGAGUACAACUUGCAGUGCCUCUACCUGUACUUUCCCGUGUUGAAGCAGCACAUACAGUACGACUUUGAGCCCUGCGACAACGAUCAAGUGGAAAGGAUAACGGUGGACAACGCGGCUGCGCAGACAUUGACCAAAGAGGCCCGUCGCUGGGCCACGAAAAUCGCCCGCGAGAUCAACACGUACAACGAGAGCAAGAGAAAACUCAAGGCUUACCAGCAGAUGCGCGAGUCCGGCCAGAAGACCGAUCCCAAUGAUCCCAAUGGCCCGGACUUGGAAACAAAGAUGGAAGAGAUGAGACAGGCGAUGCGAAAGGCCGAGACCGCAAAGAUGAAGGCCGAGGCGCGCAUAGAAUGCCUGCGGAAGGGCGGAGUCAAUGUCGAGGAAUUCUUGCAAGAAGUGGAUACGUUGAGCGUUUCCGAGAUGCCUCGGUCCGCCAGCUCACUGUCCUUGAAAACAGAUGCCUCCGGCAACGUGGAGCAGCCGUCGUCGGACUCGUUCUACGACAGCGACAACGACGCGGGUAGCGAUCUGACCACGGUAGAGAGGCCCGGACGAGCUUCCGCGGCCGGCCACCACGACGAGGACUCGGGAGCCGAGGAGCGCCAGAGAAACGACAGUGCCGAGGUCGACGCUCUACUGGAGGCGGAGAAACAGAAAAUAGACGAGAUAACGGCCGGCUGGGACGACCCGACCACGGCAGACUGGGGCAACGACGAGACCGCCGACGAGGUGACCACCAGCAACGAGAUUCGCGCCACCACGGGCGUAGCUCCCAUCGAGAACAUCUACAAGUGCACGGCCCUCUACUCGUACACCGCCCAAAACCCGGACGAGCUGUCGAUAGUGGAGAGCGAGCAGCUCGAGGUUGUGGGCGAGGGAGACGGCGACGGGUGGCUGAGGGCGCGCAACUACCGGGGCGAGGAGGGCUUUGUGCCCCAGAACUACCUCGACAUCGAACAGGAGGCCGAGCCCCAGCAGAGCGGCCUCGUCUCCCAGAGCCCCGGCAUCGUCCAGCAGAUAUCCUUCUCCUCGGUCGAUUACACGGUCGACGAUCACGACGCCGUUGACCCCGACGCCCACCUACACCAGCAGCAGCAGGAGCAAGAACAGCUGGAACAGGCGCAAAAGGAGGUGCCCACCCACCGGGAGGCAACGGUGGUGGUGGAGUCAGCGGUCUCGCCGGUCCCCCCGGUCGCACCGCAGAGUAAUCACGUGGACGACGGGCGCGAGUACUGCAUCGCUAUGUACGACUACGAGGCUACCUGCGAGGAGGAGUUGAGCUUCAUGGAGGGCGACGUGAUCGUGGUGCUGAAGAAGGAACCCCACGACGUCGACGACGGCUGGUGGGAGGGAGAGUUCGAGGGCCAGAAGGGUCUCUUCCCCUCGCUCGUCGUCGAGCCUUGCGCGCCCGACGGCACCAUCCUCUCCGAUGUCGAGGACGACGUAACGCCGCCCAGCACCUCGGCACCGCCUGUAUUCACACCACCUGACGCUCCAGAGUUCGUUUUGAACGAGGAACUCGCCAAGUCGCUCAUGAACGAGAUGAGAGAACGUGGCUUCGUAAACGGCGAUCGACCAGACAGUUUCGACAUGAAUUUAACAAAGGGCCAGAAAAAUCAGUACGGCCUGCAGUUUGACAGCGAGAAGGAUACACCGCAGGCUCCGGGGAUCAUAAUUGACGAAGCUCCAGACGAAAGCAGUGACAAGGAGGACGAGAACGGGGACGUCGGCCUCGGGGUGGCCCAGAUAGUCAUAACAGCUGCGACGCCCAUGGAAGAGCCAGACAGACCGUUCCCCGGCACAGAGCCAACAGAGACACCCGAGGAGCAAGAGCAGCAGCCUAGCAUCGAAAGCGAGAAGACCAUCGAGCCGGAAAAGGCCAGCGAGCCUCAGAUCCUGGAGGAGGAGGAGGAGGAAGUGGAGUCUGCACCACCGCCGCAGUCAGACGCGCUGAAGAAGGCAGAGUCCGAGGAGAAGAUGAUCCCGGACGACCAGCCGACGGACUCGGCACCCUUUCCUGUGAGCAGCUCCUCGGGCAGCGACGCGGAGUCGGUGUCCGGGCCGAGCACCGGCGAUAAUUCGCAGUGUCUGCCAGCUGCGCGCUCGGGUGGCCCAGCUGCCGCCCCCGCGGAGGACCAGCCAGCUGAACAGUCGCCGCCCGCGGAACCACCCAGCGGUAAGAUGCUCGUCGGCGGUAGAGCAAGCAUACCCGACGAGCUCCAGCCCGACCAGCUGCAGAAGCUCCAGGACCUCAAAGAAUCAAACGCCUAGGGCUGACUAAAGCUCGGGCUUAUAGUGAUCUUCGAGGGAUGCGUUGCGGGGAUGACGAGGAUAAUAAUGAUGAUGAUGAUGAUGAUGAUGAUGAUGAUAAUAAUAACGAGCGACAAAAACGCGCUGCGCUGCCGCUGCUCUCCUGCCUUAAUAACUGCGACGAAGCAAAGGAGGAAAUUGGCUCUUCCGUAAAGUCACCUGCUCGAGUUCUGGAUUUCUCUCGAGGUAGUUGGGAAACAAGAAGACUAAACAAAACCUAUAUAUAAAUUUACAUGUAUAAAAACAAAGGACAUAUAAAUACUAUACAUAACGAGAAACGAAUGGGAUGAACGAAUAUUUAAUGUGAAGAAAAUGGAAGAUGGGACACUGAGUAUCCUAUACAUUAUAAAAGCUAAAUGAUGUUUGCUCAUUCAUUCAAUCACAAUUCACAUGUAUACACUUAUACACAUCGAAUUUUCCCUUAGAAUGUGUUAAUGCAUCGGUUUAAUUAAUCAUCAACAGACGUUAAAAAGACUAUAUAAUAAUAUAUUAUAACGUCACGUAACGCUUAAAUAUUUUCAUGUUAUAGCGCGAAAAGGACAACAAUAACGUAUAAUUACGUUUAAAGAACAAAACACACAUCCACAAUAUCUACACAGUAUAAUCUGAGAAAACGUUCACAGAGGCAUAAAGAGGCGAAAACACCGAUACGUAAAUAAAAUUUUGCUAGUGUAUGUAAGUAUAUCAUAUUGCGUAUCUUUGUUUUCUCUCCUAGUCUUUUAGCGAGUUUAUAACACACAUAGUAAUAAUGGUAGUAAUUACAAAAAGACAACUCAAAGCGACGAGUUGCGAUUUUUGCAACGUCAUUUACAAGGAAUAAUUAUAACGCAAUGAAUUGAUAAAUUAUACUAACGAUGUACAGCGUGUUACAAGCAAAUAACAGAAAAAAAUAAUAAUAAUAAAAAUGAGAAAAUGAGGAUUGAAAAAAAAAAAAAAAAAAAAAAAAAAAAAAUGAAAAAAGGGGUUUAAAAAAAAAAAAAAAAAAAAAAAAAGGAAACAGCGUAUCAAGCAACGACUGUGACCUGUAAUAGCCUACCCCGAGUCCCGAGUUAAUUGCUCGUGUAAAUUAUAUAUAGAAGAAUUACAAUGGUGUUAAGUGUACAAAAAUAUUUGUUUAUUCAUUCAUUAAUGACAUUGCACUGAGCACAACAAGGCAGUUGUUUCUUUCUCAUUGAUAUUUGAAUUCAUUCACAUGUAAAAGUACAGUUAACAAUUUGAUCAUAUAAAAUACUUAAAAAAAAGCAUUGUAAAAGCCCUGCUAAAAAUUAAUGCACUACGCUCCAACAUUUAAAAAAUGU